AUGUCUACAAAGGUGAUUGUCAUUGGUGCCGGGUGGUUCGGGCUAGCUGCCGCGAAAACGUACGAUACCUCUCUCCCUCCCAAUAUGUAAAAUUUCCUCUAGGGCACGAAGGACUGACCUCUCACCAGGUAUCUUCAAGUCGAUCCUCAUAUCGACCUGACCAUCUUAGAGUCUGGCGAGACAAUCGGGGGCACAUGGAGCAAGGAACGUGUUUACCCAAACCUUCUCGCCCAGCAGCGAUAUGGUAGAUACGAAUAUUCGGACCGUAACAUCGAAAUCGAGGGCGGGAAUAGAAACUCAUUUGUCCCUGCCCUCAAAAUCCACGCAUACAUGAACGAGUAUGCCGAAGAAUUCGGUGUCAAGGAGCGCAUCAGGUUCAAGACUUUCGUUUCCAGGGUUGUGCGCAACAAGGACGGCAAGAGAUGGGACGUCUGGAUCAACGACGAUUCGGAACUCAUGACCUGCGACAGGCUCAUUGUCGCGACAGGGUUGACAUCCAAGCCCAUCCUACCCAACGUCCCGAGCGAGAAACCCACUCCCAAAAUCUUUCACUCUAGAGAUCUGGGCUCGCAAUACGACUAUAUCACAUCUCCCGCCGUCAAAAACGUCACUGUGUAUGGUGGUGGCAAGUCCGCAAUCGAUACCAUAUACAGCUGUGUCACCAAUGGGAAGCACGUCAACUGGGUGAUUAGGAAGGGAGGUGGAGGUGUUCCUCCGCUGCUCACUGGAGUUGCCAAUGGGAAAGUCCUCGACGACUUUGCCACCUCCAGAUUCUCUUCCAAAUUGCAUCCCAAUCUUCACACAAAAGGCUGGUGGCACUGGGCAUUACACAGCGGAAAGAAUUUCUUGGGGCAAUGGCUUCACUGGAAGUACUGGGAACGCGCCACUAGUUCGAUGCAGAGUAACGUAGAAUACAAGAAGAGCGAGAACAUGGCCAAGCUAACACCCAGUAUCGUCGAUCAUGGGUAAGCGCAGCACUUAUUGGAUCCAGCCCGACGCAUUUUGAGCAUGAUACUGACACCCCCAACAGUGCUUACUGGAUCAACGUGGGGCCUGCAGUCCUGACACAGCCAGACAUCAUCGACUGGAUUCACUGCGGCUGCCAAAUCACCGUCCACCGUAACACAAUCGAGAAGAUCGCAGGGGACCAAGUCCAUUUGGACGACGGCUCCUCUCACCGCGCUGAUGCCGUCAUCUACGCUACAGGCUACGACCUGAUCCAAUCCGCCUUCUCCCUCGAAGACAGCGUAAACCUCGGACUUCCAACCCCCGUCAAGCAAUGCCCACCCGAGGCGGCGGCCAAGUGGGACCAUCUCGAAGAGAUCGCGGAUAGGGAGGUGGUCGAGCGAUUCCCGCGCCUUGGGAAGCCCCCACCACACAAGAAGCUCCCGGUAACGCACACCCCGUAUAGGCUUUGGCACGACAUGGUUCCCUUGCCGCUCCUAUCCGGGGAGAAGCCGGAUCGGUCACUGGUCUUCGUCGGAACGGUCAAGUGCUACUCGACCGCUAUAAUGUCCGAGGCUAUGGCGUUGUGGGCCGUUGCCUGGAUGUCCGGACGUAUUCACCCUGGAAAGAGCUUUGCGGAGAUGCAGCACGAAGUUGCCGUCUCCAAUGCUUUCGCUAGGAGGCGCUACUUGAACCUGGGCUACAAGUUCACUUAUCAGUUUUACGAGUUCCUUCCGGUAACUACUCCACAGAAGUCAUAACAAUAAUAAUAAAAGGUUCUGUUUGAACAAGUGCUAAUUCUACAUAGAUCGUCGACAACCUCCUCCAAGAACUCGGUGUCAGGUCACAAAGAAAGCCCGAUGCCAUCACCGACUUUUUCGAGCCAUACACUCCAGAAGAUUACCGCGGCAUGGUUGAAGAAUUCAAGAAGGUUCACGGCAUCAGCAAUGUCGAAGAAACCAAAAAAGAAAAGUGGUAAUUGGCGAUCAGGAGUCGUAUAUUAGGGCUAUCCUUAUUUUCUUAUUUUUCUCGCUCCAUUUAUAUUGUCGAAAAGGGGUUUGGGGUGUUCUGUUUAUAUGUUUUUUUUCCUUCUUUCUUUUCCCUUCCUUCUUCCCUUUGUCCUGUUUUGGCGAAGGGGGUGAUUUUUCUUUUCUUCUCUUCUUAUAUUUUUAUAUUCUUAUAUUUUCAGAUUAGGUCAGGCCCACCACUGGUUGUAAGGGCUACGAGUGUAGUAGCGGUACAUGUACCGUACUGGUUGUCAUACAAGUACCGGUACUGUUGUUGGGGAACUACGGUAGUUUGUGUGACACAACCAAUUAAUACAAUUAGAAAGUCUACGGG